ACUGAAAGGACUGAUAUGACUCAGCAAAGAUUAGGCAGCAGCGGCAGCGAGCGGCGGGAGCGGACGGCCCAGAGGAUGAAGUGCAAGCCGAACCAGACGCGCACCUACGACCCGGAGGGGUUCAAGAAGCGAGCGGCGUGCCUGUGCUUCCGGAGCGAGCGCGAGGACGAGGUGCUGUUAGUGAGUAGCAGUCGGUACCCGGACCGCUGGAUUGUGCCGGGCGGGGGCAUGGAGCCCGAGGAGGAGCCGGGCGGUGCAGCAGUCCGAGAGGUGUACGAAGAGGCGGGAGUGAAGGGGAAGUUAGGCCGGCUCCUGGGCAUUUUCGAGCAGAACCAAGACCGCAAGCACAGAACGUACGUGUACGUACUGACUGUCACUGAGAUUCUGGAGGAUUGGGAAGAUUCGGUUAGCAUUGGGAGGAAGCGAGAGUGGUUCAAAAUCGAAGAUGCGAUCAAGGUUCUCCAGUGCCACAAGCCCGUGCAUGCCGAAUAUCUGGAAAAACUAAAGCUGGGCGGUUCCCCAACCAAUGGAAACUCCGUGGCCGCGUCCCUGCCACAGAGCGAUCCCUAAUGAACAGCAAAGAUUUCAGUAUUGCUUGAAAGAAUCAUUGAUGUGAACCAUUGAUCAAUGGACUUUUCAAGUAGAGGUGAGCGUUUCCAAGGAGACAGCUCAUCUGAUUUUCCUCCUACAUCUUGGGACACUCCUUAUCCAUCUAUUCCACUGACAACUCUUGCCCUGGUUGUUAUACUAUUGUACAUGAACACUCUUACUUCAACACCUAUAGCCUUUUGUUGUGCUUUUUUUUUUUAAUGUGUCUGCCUUCUCCAUUAGACUGAUAUCCUUGAGAGCAAAGACCAGGAUUUCUUAAUCUUUGCAUAUUCUGUAUAUGAAACACUACUUGAAAUAUGAGUGACAUCACCAAUUCUUUGAUUCAAUUCAUAUUUUGUUAUCACCAUAUGGCAGAACAUUCCUGUUUCAAUCUGGUGCUAGUAGAAUAUAUUGCUGUCUAGGCAUCAUGUAUGUGGCUUUCCUGUAUCAGGUGUUUCAGAAACUUUUCAAGCCAGUUGUAAGAUGUUCAAGGACAAGAAUUAUUACUCAUAUUUCUAUGUCAUAUCACACAGUGGCUAGCACCAUUUUGAGAUUACCCUAUCACAUAGGGCAAUAUUUUGUAGAAUCACUCCUUUGUGUAACAACUUCAGUAUUUUUGUACUGUUGUUACUUUGCUGAAAUUUUUAUUCGAAAAAUAGCACUUGCUAUAAAACUGCUAUAAAAUACAGUGAACACAAUAUUGUGAAUUUUUAUAAAAAUAAAUUUUAAGAUAAUAUACAAAUGAUUUAUUUAAUGUUUUUGCAAUGCCCUAAGCACUUAUUUCAUGUAAUCUUAACAUGCCUUUAGAGAAGAUUGUUUUUCUCAUUUUAUAGGUUCAGUAUAGUAUACUGUAUUAUUUGAUGCCAGAGCCAACAAAAACUGCAGUACAGGUAGUUUCCAAAGUUAAUUAUACCACUUAUUUGCCUAGGUUUCUUUUGCGUCUCUUACUGAUUCUGUUGGCCAAUUUUCAACCCCUUUCCAACACACUUAGCUGGGUUCUCGUUCUACCUGGUCUCUGCAUGUGAGAAUAUGGAGGACUGAGAGACAGCUGAAUUGUUACCACUUAGAAAAGGCAUUGAAGAAAAAAAUUCCUGUCAGAGGUGGGAACAGAAUAUGAAGAAUUUAUAUAGGGAGGACUUGGGUCAGCUGUCUCCAGAGAGCAACUUUAAGAAAAGGACAAAGAUGUUUAGGGAUAGUCUUAUGGAGUUUUGCCAUGGGAUGUGUAAUGUCAGCACUCUUACCCAGCUUCCUGCAAAGGUCUCAAAGUGGCUUUAAUAUGGUAGUUUUCUUUCCUUUGCAUUUAUAAAAGCAAUUACAUCAGAAAAAACAUGAGUUCCAUUUUAGGUGAGUGUUACACCCUCAUGGUACCAGUGAAAUAUUUCACAAGAUCCUCCUGGCCAACUUUUUGCCCCAAACUGAGGCCCUGAUGAAGGGGAAGUUGACAGAGGAGACCUGGAAGGAGCUGCAGGCCGCAGGAAAGAGUCCAGAGGACUUAGAGAAGCUGUUGCCACACAAGGUCUUUGAAGGAAAUCGCCCAACAAACUCUAUUGUGUUCACCAAGCUCACGCCAUUCAUUCUGGGAGCCUUGAUUGCCAUGUACGAGCACAAGAUAUUCGUUCAGGGUGUCAUCUGGGACAUCAACAGCUUUGACCAGUGGGGGGUGGAGCUGGGAAAGCAGCUGGCCAAGAAAAUUGAGCCUGAACUUGAUGGCAGUAGCCCAGUCACCUCUCACGACUCUUCUACCAACGGGCUAAUCAACUUCAUCAAGCAGGAGCAUGAGGCCAGAAGCCAAUAAACUCAUGCCCGGCUGCAGUCCCUUUGUAACUGGUCCUUGUCUCUCCUCACCAGAGAUGCGCUGCACAGUCUUUCCCAGAGCACCCUCUGGUUGCGGGCUUGGAGCACAAGCCCUUUGGGGGAAGCCGGUCUGGAAUUGCCACCCCUGCCCAUCCAUGUCCGUGUGCCCUCUGUUUUACGAUUGGCUGAAGUGUUCCAGUGCAGCUGAUUUUUCUGACUGUGUUCGCUUUGUUCGUGUACCAGAUAGAAAAAUAAAGAUGCCACAAAGGAAAAAAAAAAGUUAACUAAUUGUUAACUCAGUCCUUA